AUGGGGUCGAAGCUUCCCCCUCAGGCGCAACGAUGGCGCAUCAUCAUCUUCACGCUACCCAUCAUUGGCGUGACGAGCUUUGUCCUGUAUAAACGCCUCGUUUUGGGAGAACCUCGGCGCACGCUGCCGACAGACUUGGAGAAGCAUGGCCAUGAGAAGGUCGCAGAUAUCUACAUCUCUGGAGGGGAGGGGAAGUCGAGUUAG